CAACUGUAGUCUUCAGAAAAUUUAGUCGUAAAAUCGGAAGCUUGUCAGAAAUCCCACUGAACAUUGAUUUACAGGAUGGCAGCUCUGGGCUGGCCGUUUUUUGUCCUUCUGGUACUAAAUAAUGUCCAACAAAGGUCUACAGAAGUAUCACUGCGGGAGAAACGCCAGAUUUCGUACCCGAUGAUUUACCAGAUCGUCCAUGAUGUCAUAGAAGAAGCCAAUCAAGAGCUAGCAGUACAAAAGCAGAUUGACAAGUAUAUGAUGGAUACUGGUAUUGAUCAUCACGUCAGAGACGGCGGGGUCAGCUACUUGUCCCAUCUGGGCCGUUUCUUGUUCACCAAGAACGCCGAAAAGGUCAAUACCUUGUCAGACAAGGCUUGGGUUACAGUGGCAGCUACCAAGAAACUUAUGAAACGAACUGGUAUGCCCCUUGAGCACCUUAAGAACCAUCCUGGUUUUGUGGACGCCUGGAGAAGGCAGGUGUCUCAGUCCUGCCCUUUUGUGGAGCCAAAAUGUGACCCUACUGUCAUCUAUCGUACGGCAGACGGUUCCUGCAAUAACCUUAAUGACUCAACUGUCGGCGCCGCUUACACAAGACAAAGAAGAAUGAUGGACAACGCUUAUGAAGACGGAAUGAAUCAACCACGACAGAUAGGCCGCGGCGGAUAUCCGUUACCAAGUCCACGCAUGAUCAGCAACAUCAUCCAUAAAUCGGGUCACUGUUCCCUUCCUAGCAGACGAUUUACCGUUCUUGCAAUGCAAUUUGGACAAUUCAUUGAACAUGACGUCAUAUCUACUCCAAUACAAAGAGGUUUUAACAGCUCGGACAUCAUGUGCUGUGGAAUACCAGACGAGAUUUUAAAGAAAAGAUCGCAAUGUUUCUCAAUUACCAUUCCCUCUGGAGAUCAUAGAUUUAAGGAGCAUUGUAUGUCAUUUGUCAGAGCCACGCCUGGCCUGGAGAAAAAUUGUGAUAUGGGUGUCAGAUCCCCUAUGAACCAGGCAACAUCUUACCUCGACGGAUCCCAGAUUUAUGGAGUUGAUGUUGAUGAACAACUCAAACUUAGAGCUGGUGUUGGAGGUUUACUGAAGAUGACCCCACUAGGACUACCUCCGCCUACAGAAGAGCCGAUCUGCAUCCAAGAAGAACCUGGAGACUAUUGCUUUCGCACAGGUGAUUUUCGGGUAAAUCAUGUUCCCGGUCUAACAGUUCAGCAUACAAUUUUCCUAAGACAACAUAACAGGAUAGCUACUGGCUUAGCUCUCCUUAACCUUCACUGGGACGACGAGCGAAUUUUCCAAGAAACUCGAAAAAUAAUCAUAGGAAGUCUACAACAUCUUGUGUAUAACCAGCUUUUGCCAACAAUUCUAAGGAAGGAAGACAUGGACAAGUAUGGAUUGUGGUCCACCGAUUAUGGUUACAGCCAUGCGUACGAUCCAACAGAGGAUGUUUCUAUUAUGAUGGGAUUCUCUGCCGCCGCCAUGCGAUUUCCACACACCAGAAUUCCAAACGUACAGUCUAUGGUUAACAAGGACUACACUAUAAGACAUGAUGCCCCUAUUUUUGAAACCUUCGACAAACCAAAAUUUGUGUUGCAGAACCUUGGAAAGGCUCUUGCUGAUUUUGCAAGAUGGUUGGUAUCGUUUCCAAUUAUGGAAGACGAUCGCUUUGUGGAAGAUGGUGUAAGAGACUUCUUGUUUUUGGACAAUAAGGGAGAAAGUUUUGACCUGGUUUCCUUGAACCUUCAGCGUGCCAGGGAGCAGGGUAUCCCACCCUAUAAUCACUGGAGAAGACUAUGUGGUCUGAAACCUGCCAUGUACUUUUCUACUUCCCCAGGAGGUCUUGUGGAUCAUGAACUCGAGGUUGUGAAACUGUUCUCAAAGGUGUAUAGGCACCCAGACGAUAUUGAUCUGUUCAGCGGAGGAAUAUCUGAGAAAAUUCCCGCAGGAGCUGCAACCGGACCUACGUUUGCCUGCAUCAUCGCUACACAAUUUAAAAAUAUCAAAGUGGGUGAUCGGUUCUGGUACGAAAACUAUCAUCCUUCUACCGGAUUUACUCCAAAACAACUGGAAGAGAUUAAGAAGACAUCCUUAGCUAAAAUAUUGUGUGAAAAUCUCGAUAUACCGUACAUCCAGAGAGACCCAUUAUCAUUUGUAUCAGAGAAAAAUCCCAGAGUUCCUUGCAAGUCACUUCCUGGCAUUGAUCUCCAAUUUUGGCGCGAAAAAAUGAAUGGAAAAUAGAUGUAUGAUAGUUGAUUUGUAUAAGAAAUAAAUUUUCUUUAAACUACUGUCAA